AACAGGAGCGCCAGGGCUCGGACCGCCCCCGCCGCCGACACCAGCGGCGGUGCCGCCCUGCACUGUCCCGCCCUGUCCCGUAAGAUGGCGGCGCGGCUGCUUCGUCUGCGGACCGCUCUGAGGGCCGCCGGCUGCCGGCUCUCCUCUGCCCAGGCCAGUCCUCUGCAAACUGAACAACAUGGCACAAAGCGCCUGGAACCAUCUUCUGCUAAAACUUUGCUUGAUAUAGGCACUCGGAGAAUCUUCUCAUCAGAGCAUGAUAUCUUCAGGGAGAGUGCCAGGAAGUUCUUUCAGGAAGAAGUGCUGCCUUUUCAUGCAGAAUGGGAGAAGGAUGGCCAAGUGAGCAGGGAGCUCUGGGAAAAGGCUGGACAGCAGGGUUUGCUGGGUGUUGCUAUUGCUGAAAAACAUGGAGGCAUCGGAGCGGAUAUUCUCUCUUCAGCCAUUGUCUGGGAGGAGCAAAUGUAUGUGAACUGUACAGGCCCAGGGUUCAGCCUUCAUUCAGAUAUCGUCAUGCCCUACAUUGCAAACUAUGGCUCUGAAGAACAGAUCAAACGCUUUAUCCCCCAAAUGGUUGCAGGCAAGUGCAUUGGAGCUAUCGCCAUGACAGAACCUGGGGCUGGCAGUGACUUGCAGGGAGUACGGACAUAUGCGAAAAAAGAUGGGAGUGACUGGAUUCUUAAUGGGAGUAAGGUAUUCAUCACUAACGGUUGGAUGAGUGAUGUCGUGAUCGUGGUUGCGGUUACAGACCGGGAGGCCCGAUCCCCUGCUCAUGGGAUCAGCCUUUUUCUGGUGGAGAAUGGAACAAAAGGUUUCAUCAAAGGACGCAAACUGAACAAAAUCGGCCUUAAAGCUCAAGACACGGCAGAGCUGUUUUUCGAAGAUGUGCGGUUGCCAGCCAGUGCCUUGCUUGGAAAAGAGAACAAAGGCUUCUACUAUCUGAUGGCAGAGCUCCCUCAGGAAAGACUUCUAAUUGCUGAUAUGGCUCUUGCUGGCUGUGAAUUCAUGUUUGAAGAAACAAGAAAUUAUGUGAGACAAAGAAAAGCUUUUGGGAAGACAAUUGCACACUUGCAGACGAUACAGCACAAGUUGGCGGAAAUAAAAACGCAAAUUUGUGUGGCCCGAGCCUUUAUGGACAACUGUUUGGAGCUUCAUGCGGAUAAACGCCUGGACUCUGCCACAGCUUCUAUGGCAAAGUACUGGUGUUCUGAUCUCCAAAACAGCAUAGCUACGCAGUGUGUGCAAAUGCACGGAGGAUGGGGGUACAUGUGGGAGUAUCCAAUUGCAAAAGCUUUUGUGGACGCCCGUGUUCAGCCAAUCUAUGGUGGUACCAACGAAAUAAUGAAAGAACUUAUUGCUAGAGACAUUGUCAGUGACAAGUAGGGCAGAUGCUUACUACUUUGGAGAGUCUCAUGGAAUCCUUUUAUAUAUUAAUAUAUGGCAUAAAAUCAGGCAUCAGAAUGUGAAAUAAAUUUGGUGUAUCAUAUUCUUUAAAUGAAGUGACACUUAAAAAAAAAAAGGAACAACUAGUAAUACCGGUGUGCUCAUAUGCAGGAUAUCUAAUAUCUUUAAAUUUAAUAUUUUAAACUUUAAAUUUAAAUAUUUUUGGAAAUCACAGAGUAGCUUGUGUUUCAAGAGUUCUGGUAGUGAACAUUGGGUAGUUUGGUCUUUCUGACUUGAAGCUAUUUUAUUGAAUGCAGCACUCAGUUUUCAGAAUCAAAUUUCUAGAGAAGUCAUAUUCUUAACUAAUGAAAAAAAUUAAAUGUUAAUAUAACUUCGAAUUUGUAUUUCCCCUUGAGAAGCAGAACUUGAAACUUUCGCUGUUGUUGCUAUACACCUGCUCACUGCACAGCAGCUGCCCACUGUGCGGCUGACCCUUAUGUUUACAUCUAACCCGGAAUGCCUUAUUUUAAUUAGUUUGUUCAAAUAAACGUAAUAAAGCAUUUCUAUGCAA